UACUGACAACAUCCGCUACGUCAAAGGAAGGAGCUCUGCGGCAUUGUGGGCAGUUCCGGUACCGACAAUUUUCCCUACGCUUCGGGAAUGUACUGUCUCAAGUUUAUGUCCGUAUGGAUUUGUGUAAAUUGAAAGUAUCGUAGCUACUGAAGAUGUCCACGCAAAGAGUCCUCCCGCAAAGCAAGGAAACUCUCCUUCAGUCCUACAACAAGAGGCUGAAGGAUGACAUAAGGUCCAUUCUAGAUAAUUUUACAGAGAUCAUCAAAACUGCAAAGGUGGAGGACGAAACCCAGGUUUCCAGGGCAACGCAGGGAGAACAGGACCAUUAUGAGAUGCAUGUUAGAGCAGCAAAUAUUGUACGUGCAGGGGAGUCACUGAUGAAGCUGGUGUCAGACCUGAAACAAUUCCUGAUCCUGAACGACUUCCCUUCAGUGAAUGAGGCCAUUAGCCAGCGUAACCAGCAGCUGCGCACCCUGCAGGAAGAGUGCGAUAAGAAACUCACCGCCCUGCGUGAUGAGAUUGCAAUUGACCUGUACGAGCUAGAGGAAGAAUAUUACUCAUCCAGGUACAAAUAGGCUCAUAGUCAGAGUAUAUACCUAUUACCGCCCUUGGCUAUAUCUAUGCCCCUUGUGCCUUUUAAAGAAUGUAUAAAAUAUAAUAUAAAUAGGCCAUUUGAAGAAAGCCCACGGCGGGCAUGUUUUAAGAACCUUGAUCAAGAGUUGAAACAAGACAGGCUUAUAUCACAGUUGUUGUUGUGUAAAUAAAUGCCUUCCACAGCACCAAGUCAAAUGAGAUUAAGGGAAUUCACUGAGUCUUAAAUGCUUUGGAAAGCCUCCCAUUUGUAUUGAAACUUGAAAAAAUGUGCCUUGCUCACGUUAUAGUUGACAAGGCCAGUGUUUUGAAGUAGGAUUUCUCAUUUUCUGUGAGCACUUCUAAACAAUUUUAUACGUAAAUCAACCGAACUGUUAGUUUAUACCUACUUUUGUAUUUCUGCAUGUUCAAACAUGCAGCUUCUCCAUCAGUCAAGAAAAAGAAUGAACUCACCUCCAGAUAUUUAAUUUUUGCCUUUGUAAAAUUGUGCUCAAGGCAUGUAAGCCAAAGUUACAAAGUAAAGCAAAGUUUCAGAAAUGCAGUAUGAAAACAAAGCCAUACACUUGCAAGUCACUUAUGUUUAUCAGAAUGUUUUAGUUUAAACUCUGAUUUUUGUGUAGACCUGAAUUAUAAUCCUUAUACUACCUGGAAAUAUAAAAUAACACUCGAAAGCUUUGGUCUUGCAGCUGAAUCUUAUGUAUAAAGGAAUUGCACCUUCAAAAUUCAUAUUUAUAAUUUUUUACACUUUAUACUCAUUGUACUGGAGAAAAGGGGAAAGUGUUCUUUGGUAGCUCUUAGUUUGCAACUAAAUGGUAAAUCAAUUUGAUAUUGCCAUUUAAUAGAAAAGUUGAUUAAAUUCCAUUUUAAGACAUUUUUUAAUUGAAAAGUAAAGUGAAUUUUAAUGUAGCAUAUAACUACAUCGUAUUUUUACUGUAAAGUUUUUUUAUUCAAAAAAUUUUGUCUUAGAUUUAUUUCCUUUCAAAGAUUUAAGGUAAUCAAUACUUUUUUGAUCCCCAUGGGGAAAAUUAUUAAUUAAAGGUAAAGAACCUUUUGGCUAAGUAUUAAAUUGAUUUGCCAUUAUGCUCUGAUCUGUUUCAUUCCAUUUUUAGUUCAAACAUAAUUCUUUGACUGGAUGUUUUUUCCAUGUGGAUUUUGGCAACAUAAAUUUGACUAUAUAAUUUUCUUGUUUAGUGCAUUCUCAGUAUGUUAUGAGAAUGUCAGUUUUUGUCUGCUGUAAAGUAACUCAUCAUUAUACAACGGAUCAUUUAAAAAAUUACUUGUACUUAAAGUUUAUCGAAGUAGAUGGUUUAUAUUUAAUACAGAUUAAUGUCUUGUUUGUAUCAGCUAUAAAUAGCACCACUCACAUUUUAGGAGUGAAAUAAAGUAGAAUGAGAAGUUU